AGGAUGAGAAACGUCACAGAAUUCAUCCUGCUGGGCCUCACUCAGAACCCGCAUCUGCAGAAACUCUUAAUUCCUGCGCUUUUCUUCACCUACCUGUUCACCUUGGCAGGUAACCUGCUCAUCUCACUCACUAUCAUCGUCAGUCCCGCCCUGGACUCUCCCAUGUACUUUUUUCUGUCCUGUUUGUCCAUCAUAGAUGGUUCCUAUGCUACCUCCAUAGCUCCCAAAAUGAUGUUUGACUUGAUCACUAAGAAAAACACCAUCUCCUUCAAUGGCUGCAUGACUCAGCUCUUUGCUGAACACCUCUUUGGGGCAGCAGAAAUCAUCUUGUUAACAGCAAUGGCCUAUGACCGGUACGUGGCCAUCUGCAAGCCUUUACACUACACCACCAUCAUGAGCAAGACCCUCUGUAGAGUCAUGGCAGCAACAGUUUGGAUUUUGGGGGUCAUUCACGGAGGGGUCCAGCUUUUGUUCAUACUCCAAUUACCAUUUUGUGGCCCCAACGUCAUGGACCAUUUUGCAUGUGAUUUAAUGCCUCUCUUGGAGCUGGCCUGCGUGGACACUCGCAGCCUGGGGCCUCUGAUUACGGCCAAUAGCGGGUCACUCUGUUUGCUCACGUUUUCUAUGCUGGUCAUUUCCUAUGUCAUCAUCCUGCGCGCUCUGAGGACUUACAGCUCUGAAGGACGCCGCAAAGCCCUCUCCACCUGUGCCUCCCAUAUCAUCGUUUCUAUCUUAUUCUUCGCACCUUGUUUAUUCCUAUAUCUAAGACCCAUGACCUCCUUCUCCGCAGACAAAGCUGUGUCUAUAUUUUGUACCCUAGUUACACCUAUGCUGAACCCCUUAAUCUACACCCUGAGAAAUGCAGAAGUGAAAAAUGUCAUGAGGAAACUCUGGGGUCCAAUGAUAAAAAUAAGUGAUAAAUAA